AUGUCCUUCGAAGCCGUGAUGCCCCCCUACAACGCGGGCGACCCGACCGCCACCUUCCUCAGCGCCUCGUGCCUGGACUUCCUCCUGAUCGAGCUGGUCCCCAUGGCCUACAGGGUGACCAACGAGCUGGAGGCGUCGGCGUCAGCACAGGGCACAUCAUCAUCAGCAGCAGCAGCAGAAAAGGACGUGUCUUCCCCGGCGGCGGCGGCGGCUGCCCCGCGCGCCACCAUGGACGAGGAGGAGGAGAGGGACGCCGUCUUCUACCGGCUCGAGACCCUGGGCUACCGGGUGGGACAGGGGCUCGUCGAGCGCUUCUCGAGGGACCGCCCGCGCUUCAACGACACCCUCGACGUGAUCAAGUUCCUCUGCAAGGACCUCUGGAUGCUCGUCUUCCGCAAGCAGAUCGACAACCUGAAGACGAACCAUCGGGGAGUCUACGUUUUGACAGACAAUGCGUUCCGGCCGUUCUCGAGGAUGAGCACGGAGGCUGGAGGAGGGGCGGUUCAGAGAGCCGAGCCGUUUCUAUGGUUUCCUUGUGGCGUCGUGAGAGGCGCGUUGGCGGCAAUGGGCGUCAACGCGACAGUACAGGCCGAGACGAGCGAAUUACCUGGUGCAGUGUUUCAGAUCAAGACUGUUCCAACGAAAUGA